GAAAGAGUGAGUGUAAGAGGGAAACAGCAAGAGGGAGGGAGGGAGAAAGAGGAAGAGAGAGAGGGAAGGGUAUAUUGACUGAAAGCAGCCGUGGUUGCUCUUCAGUAUGUAAGAGACAGAGGACAUUACAGAAGACAACAUGGACCGGUGGAACAGAUGAAGCCUGUCAUUGGUUGAGUCCAGUGGUCCAGAUGAGCGUGACCAAGCCUCCUCUACCCCAGUCCCACAUCCCUCCCCCUGCCUCCUCCACCCACCUCACCAUCCCUCCCUCCUCCAUGCCCUCCGCCACCUCCCCAUCUCCAUCCUACGGGAACCCCAAACCCCCCGCCUCUCUGCCCCCUCCCGCCUCCCCGGUCAAGAUCUCCAUGCAGGAGCACUUUGCCAUCAACGUGUGCCCUGGCCCCAUCCUCCCUAUCCCGCAGAUCUCCGACUUCUUCCCGCGCUUCCACGACUUCCCCAUCGCCCCACCACCGCCGCGCGAGAAGAAGAUGCUCCCGGAGAAUGGAGAGAACUUCGGACAGAGGGAGGAGGAAAAAGAGCGGGAGAGGGAGAGGGAGAGAGAGAGGGAGAGGGAGGAGUACGGGGAAAACAGUGGGGAGAUGGCUGACUCUGAUGAUGAAACUUACCUGGGCACGCUGGAGUUCACCAUGCUGUUCGAUCAGGAGAACAACUGUUUGCACUGCACCAUCCACAAGGCCAAGGGACUGAAGGCCAUGGACUCCAACGGUCUGGCAGAUCCAUACGUCAAGCUCCACCUUCUGCCCGGGGCCAGCAAGGCGAACAAAUUGCGCACAAAAACCCUGAAGAACACCCUCAACCCUGUGUGGAAUGAGACCCUGAUCUACCAUGGCAUCACGGCAGCAGACAUGACCACUAAAACCCUCAGACUCUGCGUGUGCGACAUGGAUCGACUAGGCCGCAACGAGUUUAUCGGUGAAGUGAGGGUUGCUCUCAAGAAACUGAGAGAAGGAGAGAACAAAAAGUACAACAUGGGCCUGGAGAGGAACACACAGAAUAAAGAGGGCAACAACCAAACAGGAGAGCAAGGUGGCCCAGGGGCUGAGGAGGAGCGUGGUCGUAUCCUGGUCUCCCUGUGCUACGUGCCAGAGAAGAGCACCCUGUCUGUGGGCAUCAUACGGUGCGCUCACCUCGCAGCAAUGGACUCCAAUGGCUACUCAGACCCAUUCGUCAAAAUUGUUUUACAACCUGACAUGGGUAAGAAGUCCAAGUACAAAACUACAGUGAAGAAGAAAACUCUCAACCCCGAGUUUAACGAGGAGUUUUUGUAUGAGGUUCCCAAAGACCAACUAGCAAAGAAGACCCUGGAGAUAUCUGUAUGGGACUAUGACCUCGGAUUGAGCAACGACUUCAUAGGUGGUGUGGAGCUGGGCAUCAAUGCCAAAGGAGAGAUGCUGAAACACUGGUUCGAGUGUCUGAAAUUUGCAGGAAAGAAAGUGGAGUACUGGCACACACUGACACAACAAGGGGCUCCCAUCAGUGAAUAACCACACACACACACACACACACACACACACA